GAUGAUGAAGUGCUUGAUGUUGAUGAAAAUGAUGUCAAAUUAAUAGAAAAAUUACAUGAAAAUAUUGAAGUACUCCAAUUUCGAAACAUAAUAGAUCUUGAAGAAUAUAUUGACUACUCAAAAGAAAAGGAGAAAAUUGUGAAUUUAGUUACUAACCCAGAACCUGAGGAGGAUAAAAGUAAUGAAGAUGAUGAUAGCACAGAAAU